CAUCUGUCAAAUAUUUUAUUGUUGUUCCAAGCACCUCAACACGUGCGUGUAAAUUAUUUUAUUUAGUCUAUGAAGUCUAUCUAUACUUAACAGUACUAGCUAAAGAAUAAAUUAUCAUGGACGUCGAUACAACGGAGGCCCAGUUGCAAGUCCGAUUCGUUACUAAACAAGAACAAUAUGCGGUUCCCGACAGUCCCUACGCCAUACAAAGCAAUGUGCAACCUGCAGACCUCAACACAUUGGUCAAUGCCCUGCUCAAAGAGGCUGGCAGCUCAGCAAAGACAGUUGAAUUCGACUUCUUAGUGUGCGGGGAACUAUUGUGCUCGCCUCUUGGUGACCAUCUUCAAGAGAAGGGUGUGUCUACCGAACAGACUUUGGAGGUUGAAUAUCUGGAGAGGUUCCCGGCACCAAGCCCACAGGACUGUUUGAUGCAUGAUGAUUGGGUUUCUGCAGUCCAGGCCCAUGGAAAUUGGAUCCUAUCGGGCAGCUAUGACAACAGUCUUCACAUCUGGACCACCAAAGGGCAGCACAAGCUCGUUAUACCAGGUCACACAUCUCCGAUCAAAGCGGUCUCUUGGGUGUCCGUUAAUGGUGAUCAGGCAGUUUUUGCUAGCGGUUCCCAUGACCAAUCAGCCAUGCUGUGGGUGUGGAAUGUGUCCAACAACUCCGUGGACUGUGUGGUGACGUGCCGGGGACACGAGAAGGGAGUGGAGUGCUUGUCGGUGUCCGCAGAUGCCUCUAGACUGGCCACUGGCAGCUGGGACACUAAUAUAUGCUUAUGGAGUGCUAGUCUUUCUGAUGAAGACAAUGUACCGGCCAAGAAGAGGAGCAAAUCCGACCGUGGACAAGACCAUGCAAAUACACGGGAACCACUGGCAACGUUAAAAGGGCACCGCGAGGCGGUGUCCGGCGUGCAGUGGAUGGACUACAACACAGUCCUGUCCAGCGGCUGGGACCAUCUGCUCAAGAUAUGGGACUGCGAGCUUAAUGGCAUCAAACAGGAAAUUGCCGGCAACAAGGCAUUUUUCGACGUGGACUGGUCUCCGCUCAACAACACCAUGAUAACCGCCUCCGCAGACAGACACGUCCGGCUAUAUGAUCCAAGAUCUCAAGAAAGCAUAGUAAAGACGACGUUUACAUCACACACGGGAUGGGUGCAGUCAGUGCGCUGGUCGAAGACGCGAGACACCCUGUUCCUGAGCGCCGGCUGCGAUGGACAAGUCAAGCUGUGGGAAACUAGAAGCCCCCGCACCCCGCUGUACGACCUGAGCGGUCACGAAGACAAAGUCCUGUGCUGCGAUUGGUCCCUGCCAUCCCUGCUCGUCAGCGGCUCUUGCGACAAUACGCUCAGGAUAUUCAAGGCCAAGACCGCUCUGAACGCGUAAACUAUACCCAAUGUUACAAGAGUACACUGAAAAAGGUAAGAUUUAACCCUUUUAACGCCAAGGACAUUAUGUGCUGGUACAGUCGAGUUCAUUAAUAUGUAUAGUUGGUCAAGCAAAUCUUGUCUACUACUCUUAAAUUGGCCAUAGCGAAAUAUUCAUUCAAUUCAUAAUAAUUAAUUCAGUGUUAUCUGUAAUUCUACAUAGAUUUAGGAUCGGUUGCACUUGCACCAAACCGUCUUCUACCGUUAAAGCGUUCGCUAAAUGUUAUUGUCUGGGAAAUUGUAUGGUUCACCUCUGAAUAACGUUGAUCAGUCCGCUAAUUGUAGUUGGUGCAAGUGGGCCUUGUUCCGAAGACCAGAUGCGUUUGUUAAAAUGAGUAACUUUCUGAUUUCCUGCGCAGCGCUUACUGCGUUACACUAUGUCUAUGUAUGUAUUUUAGUAUUCGUAAUUUCAUGCUCACAGUGUUCAUAAACUAUGUUAGGAUAAUGAUUAUCAAUAAACAAUAUUGUCCACUUAUUUAAAUAC